AGUCAGUCAGUGCGUUCACCAGUGAUCUGAGAGAACACCAUGAUGCUGAGAAUCUUCUUAACUGUGUCUGUCCUCUUUGGACAUCAAAUUGCUGCACGGGAGACAGAGCAGGAGGUGAUCGACCUCUGUAAAGAUACUGACUGUCUCAAGCCGGAACAAGUCAUCCAGUACAAGGAUUAUGAUGAAAUAGAAUUUCCACACAUUCAAUGGGCUGAAACAACAGUUAAUUUUUCGGAUUUGGAGACAGAUUUGGAGCCAGUAAUGGAAAUCAGCCUGGAUAAACUGUUCAACUAUGCAUUUUUUUGCAAUGCUGAUGAAACAAUUGUUCCUCUAACUGCACCUUGGGGACUUACUGGAUACUUGGUAAAUCAAACAUUUCCAGAGACAUUCUAUGUCGGUGUUGGCAUUGUUCCUGAAGUCAGAAGUAUGCCUGAACCUAUAGAUCAAACGAUUGAAUUAAAAGAAUUAACUCCAGGUCACUACUUUGUCAAGACAUAUCAUGAGAAAUUUGAAUGGGAAGAAUAUAAAGAACUGGCGCUGGACUUCUUGAAGGAACUGGAAGAAGAAAAAGGAACAUUUGAAUGGACAGUUGCUAUCAUUUGGUAUAAAAAAAGUGGACUAAAGCAAAUAUGGUUAAAACAGGGAACAGAAUGAAAUUUUUCUGGUCAAUUCUGUUACCAUUAUAAUAUUGAACAGUGAGAUGCUAAAUUCUAAAAUCUGUUUUAUCUUCCCCAAACUACACAUUGAAUUAGAGUACUGUGCAUAACUUGGGUCUCCUUACCUAGAGAAAGAUACAUCCUUAUACUUACCUUCCAGUGAAUGCAGUGACUGGUCAUUAGACACAUUAUGUACAUGUGCCUACAUUGGGAAUUUGACCAAUUCCACCAAUGUCACAUGUCUGAAAUCCUGGCAUCCUAUUUAUAAACACUGGUGUCUACUAGCAGUCAGCAUUUUUAUCUCAAACUAAAAUUAUGCCAUUUGUUCUUCAUUCAAAAUUAUUUAGCUAUUUUAGCAUCAACAAGGAGCAUUUCAUUUCCCAUUUACACUUGUUGUUGCCACUGGUUCUUUAGUCCAAUGAUUCCCAUCAAUGGCUUUAUCCAAGUUGCUCACUUCAUUUGCUCUGAAAUUCCAAUCAGGAGUCAGUCACUGUCAGCAACACCAACUCCCCCAUUCCCCCUACCCUGAUAACAUCUCCAUUAUGACCCUGUCAGACUGGAGAAACCCACUCAACCUGACACCCUUGUACUGGCUUGUCCUGAAACUUCCUCACCUCCCCACCAAUCCCAGGAGUCUGCAGAUCCCUCAUCACUGACCCACUACUCCCCUUCUCUCCUAUCAUCGCCCUGUUGGAACUGUCACCUCCCGCCACCCUGCUACCAGCAAAAUGACUUAUCCCUUUUCUCAGACUUGACAUCCCAUUUGACUCAACUCCUCUAGACUCAAAAGCUGCCCUUGAACAGACACACCCAAGUGGUGACAACUGGCUUGGAACUGACAACCAUCUGCAGCCCCUAGCAACUGCCCAACACCUGACAAGCCCUCACCUCACUGACCUGAAACCCCACCCAAAGUGGCCUAGGUGGAACUGACCCCUCCUUCCAGACCUGGUAUGACCACACCCCCAUCCCUAAAUCUUUGGACCUGACACUGCCCCUUCAAUAUAUCUCCACCCUCCACUCAACCCCAGAAGAUCCACCUGCCCAUUCCGCUCCAGUCUGGUCCCAGCAGAAAUGACACUCCCCUCACCCCAGCCCAACUCCUUGACAGAUCCCAAGCUUUCUCUCACUGACCUGACAAUAUACCCCUCCAUUCCUGGCACUAUUCUCCCCCACUCCCCUGGUCCCCCACCUUCCUCACCUACUGUUAACCCACAGCCCACUGAAUGGCCUCACCCACCUGCCACCUUGCACAUCCGCCUUUCCACUUUCUCACCUCGUACAGCCCCUCCCCCUCCUGCCCAUCAUCCUCCCUCCUCAAUUCCUUCCACUCUCACCUUCUCGUGAUGGUUCUCAACUGUCCUGGGACAGAGAGAUCUCACCAGGGACUGUACCAUCUUGUCUUUCUCCUGGGUCAUAAAAACGCAGGUCCACCAUUCAGUGAGAUCAUUGCUGAUUUUCCCCUUCAAGUCAACUUUCCCACACUGUCCCUCGAUUGGGUAUUCUGUCCUAUGAUGUCAUUGCAUUCACUCUAAUUCACUCAUGAUGUCAUCCACUGCUACAACUGAAGUGAGAUUUUUGUACUCUUCACUCACUUUAUAAUAAAGAUAAGAUACUAUUUGUUUCUCUAACAGCUUGCUCAAACUCUAUUAAUAUUCUGUGCUUGAUGUAGAAGGCCAUCCAGGUUACUCUGAAUGCCCCCAUUUCCCAGCAAUUCACCAAUACAAAAUGUUCUCCUUUUAUACUAUUUUCAUAUUUGGCUACCAUCAUGCUUCCCCAAAUUCUAUUCCAUCUGGCUGCUCGUGUUCCUUUUAAUAUUCUUUAUAAUCGGGAUUUCUUGUCAAAUCUAAAUUAUCGGUCAGUGUUUCAUAUUCAUUUUUAACUAACCACCUCUCCGGGGCAUUGGUGACAUCAGUUUAAGGUCGUUUUAUGGCAUGUAUAAAAGGGUUAAAUUCAAUUGUACAUAGAGAGUUGGAUGCUUCACUGGGAAGCAGGGAUUUAAUUUCCUUUUCUUUAAUCUUAUUUGAAAUGAAUGCAUUGUGCACGACCUGAGACAGGGAUGGUCCUGGUGAUGGAUUAUGCUUCUGUUUAAUCUCAAUCAUGCUGGGUCAGAAUGUUUCACGUUGAUGUGGUCAGAGCUCAUUGACAGUGGGAGGGAUUACAGAGCCUGGUUGUUUGAGAUUGGUCAGUGCUGGAACUGCCCUUUGGAGUAUUCCUACAUGGAAUGGAUUUGUAAACCAUCAAUACUCAUUGUUGUGAUCCUUUUGUAAUGAUGUCCCACCUUCAUCUGAAAGUUAGGGACACGUAAGAAUCAGUCAGCUUUGUGCUGUGGUGUUUGAGGUCAGAGGUUUCACUUGUUGAACUCUGCAGCACAAGGGGAGGGGGCAGGAUAGUGGGAGUUUGCAUUGAGGCUCAGAACCAGCAAGGGUCAGUGAGAGAAGGAAGAGGGAUGUGGAGUGGAGCCUGAAGGAGGGUGAAGGCCUUGUAAACAGUAACAUCGGACACACAGAAUAUUCUAAAUAAAUGAGGAAUGCAUUCCCAGUUACAUUGUAGGUACUUUACAUUUGAACUGGAACCAACAAGAAUGAAGAGAGUGGAAGUGGGAGACACAGUGGUUACUGCCAUCAGAAACACCAGGUCAGGGUGAAAAUUCCACCCUGUGUGGGCAGUAGAAUAUUCCCUUUUCCUGCCAUUCCUGAUUAUCAGAAACUGAACAUUGUGCUGGGAAUGAAGAGAAAGGUCGUUUUUAAAUCCAGUUCAGCUUUACUCAGGUCAGUGCAGGUUCAGAAAACAGCUGGAUCCUGGUGAGGAAGGACAAGAGGAAGAUUUUGGGAACCAGGAAUAAAGAGCUUCAAACUGGUCCCUAAAAUGGAGAAAGAAUCCCAAUGUGAAAUCAGAGUCCACAGUCUGAUGUUAGAAUAAAAUUUAGCUUCAGAUCUGCUCCCACCCACCCUGAGAGCUCCCACUCACAAUAUUGACUGGCUGAAUGUAUGAUUGAAGAAAUGAUCUAUCCCAAUAUGAUUCCUGUUAACAGGCCUUUCAUUCACAAGCUUCUCGUGUGGAGGGAAGAGGCCAUAGUCUUCGAGUUAGUGUUUGUCUGUGUUUUUCUGUCUGUUGGGAAUGUAUUCUCACUGUGAAAUAAAGAGGGUGAUGCAUCAUAA